AUGACCAACCUUGGCGGUAACAGGACGACUGCCCACUCUUGGAGCGAAAGUAUGAACAAGGGAAUCUCUGUUUUCAUGGAAAGGCAGUCCCAAUUCUCCAGAGCCCCCGUCCUGGUCGAGGAGCUCAGAUACAACCGACACUCAACCGAGGCCGCUCUCAAAGUCCGACGAUACCUUUUCCUUCCCGCCGGUGGACACAGUACUAAAUGGCGACACAUCCGUGUCCGUCCUCCCGAGUUCCCCAAUGCCCAGAAUCCAGUCAACAACAUCGCCGCCCUUUCGGCGUCCGCUUUCCAGAGGCCUGCGGCUCAGCAAACCUCAUCAACCGAUCGAGGCAGGCAUGACGGCCAUAAACUCUCAUCAUAUGCCUAUUGUGCAGCUCAAGAAGACAGUGAAAUAAUGUCAUGGUCAUCUUCGAUUCUUGACCCUGGCUGCUCAGGGGUCUUCGAUAGUCAAUCAGGUGCUAUCCGUCGUAUUAUAGUGAAUUUCUUCGGAAAUGCAUUAAAGUCGUUCUCUCAGGAAGACCCACUUGCACCCGGUACAGGUCUUGGGCUAAGUUUAGUUAAACGAAUGACUUCUUGCACUUCAGUCACAGUGACCCUUCCACUGGAGGACCACCCGACCAACCUGAGAAUCUUCUUCACCUACAUUAGCAAACUCGGGAAGAAGUUCUAA